CCUACAAACCUCGCAAUAGCGCAGGUGCGACCAGCACGCAUGCGCGACAGAUCACUGCAUAUUCAGAACAAAGUAUCCAUCAUGGGAUGACGCAUUGCAAGAUGAGAGGUGGUAGUUCCGAGCGCUUGGUCGUGAGGCCCCCGCGGCGCCGAGGGGAGACGAGGGCAAAAUUGACUCGAUACAUCACUGUGAUACUCGCAGCUCUGUUAGGAGGUGGUGGUUCAGCUCUAUUGUUCCUGGUACCUUUAUACGCUGAUCCAGCGUUGAGCGCCCUCGCCGCAGACUUCGAUCCAUUGCCAGCUCAAUGCGUAACCGAAAGGCGAGACGACCGACUCGGCUUGGAUAACUGUACUUGGGCAUCGUGCCGGGAAGGGUGUACCAGUGACGCGUACAAAUGCAUUCAGUUGCACGUGAAGUAUAAAGCGAAUAGUUUUGAGUGGCGGCCAGCUGUGUUGUACGUCAACAUCAAGGGUUGCGGUUAUCCGCCUUCAGUGGAUUGCGAGAAUUUCACAAUGAGCUACGGAUAUGUUGGGGCGAAGUACCCUUGCUACUGGUCGCGGGCUGAUACGAGCGUUGUGAUCCCCAGAUGGUCUAGAGGAGAGCAAGUGGCUACUGUGACAAGGACAUUGGCUCUGCCCCUAUUCCUAUCAGGUUGUGCUGGGAUAGGACUUUGUGCGUUACAUUGCGAGUGUCGGCCCAGGCGCCGCCGCAGGCCCCCCCGUCGCCCGCCGCGCAUCCCCACUCUGUCCCCUGACGAAACUUCGGUCUACAGACUAGCAUAAGGUCCAAUCAUUUGGAGUGUAAAUAAUAUAAGUGUAUUUAUUAGUAAAA